AUGUUCGAUGUCACUGCCGCUCCAUUUGCAUUCCCCGCUUUGCAGCAGAAGCAAGUCUAUAUGGACAAUGCGGGGGGAAGUCAAGUUCUGGGCACUGUGGUUGAAUCAAUUCGUUCAUACCUCCUGAACACAAACGUACAGCUUGGAGCCACAUAUCCCAUUUCCAAAGCAUCAACCAGUGCAUACAUGAAAGGAUAUGAGGCUGGCGCCAAGUUCAUCAAUGCGGAGCCAGAAGAGAUCAGCAUUGGCGUCUCGACCACUCAGCUUCUCCAUAAUCUCUCGACUGCGCUAAAAUUCGAGCCUGGGGAUGAGUUAAUUCUCUCCAAGCUUAACCAUGAGGCCAAUACAGCCCCCUGGGGUAAGAAUCGCCACGCGAUUGAAGCUGACUGUCAAAUGGCUCUCCUCUCGGAUAGAACGAGACUGGUCGCCUGCCCCCAUGCUUCCAAUAUUACAGGGACCAUCAGCCCCAUCCGGGAAAUCGCAGAUGCGGUUCAUGCUCAUCCUCGAGCUCUCCUCUGUGUGGAUGGCGUAGCCUUAGCUCCCCACCGCCAGGUCGAUGUGAAAGCCCUUGGCGUAGACUUCUACGUCAGCGCCCCCCCCCUGCUAAAAGUCAAAAACGAAAAGGCGUUUUCUUGGUACAAAGUCUACGGUCCCCACCUGGCACAGCUUUACGCCUCCACACGAAUCCAUGACCAAAUUCAGUCCCUGGCCCACUUCUUCAAGGCCACCGACACGUUAGACCUGAAGCUCAACCUCGCCUCGGCCAAUUAUGAGCUGACGCAGAGCAUCCCCCACGUCGUCGAGUACUUUGGAUCUAAUCCCGCAGCGACAUGGGCCGCUAUGGCGGCCCAUGAGGAGCGCCUGCAGGAGAUCCUGCUCGCCUUCCUCACUGCGGAUGAGCGGAUCACUAUCAUCGGCGACCCGUCGCCGGCGCAAGACCGCCGCGUGCCGGUGAUCAGCUUCAUUAUCCGUGGCAUGGGUAGCCAGCAGCUUGUCGAGGCUGUGGAGGCGCGCACGGUCUAUGGGUUCCGCAGUGGCCACAUGUACAGUCACCGGUUGUUGGCUGAUGUCUGCGGCCUCGCGAAUGUGGAGGAUGGGGUUGUGCGAGUGAGCUUCUUGCACUACAAUACGGCAGAAGCCGAAGUGCGAGGGUUAGUGGAGGUCCUCGGGCAGGUGCUGGGCGUGUGGCCCAGCCAAUCUCGGGCGAUGCCGCGGAUGGUUUGUCUCUCUGAUGUGAGGCUCUAUUGA